GUGGGCUAAGUUAAAAAAUAGGUGAAGAGCUAAUAAAUUUGUUGAGACUCAGAACUCAGAAGCAAUCCUCCACUCGAAUGAUUUUGGUGGGGCUGCAUUUUGGUCAGUGAAGCAUCUUUUUCAAACUAUGCAGAGGAAAAAAAAGGUCUUGACUUUCUCACUUAGAAAGAUGGACAUUAAGUCAAGGAUCCAAAGCAUAGUAAUCUGUCUGUCUUGUGUGUUAACAUGUCUUUAAUAGACUUGAUUUUCUCCAUAGAGUGAAGCAAAAGAAAAGAUGGGCUUCCUCUGUCACCCACUUAAGAAGAUUUGCUAACCUCAUCCUUCUCCGAUAGCGACCCUCUUCGUUUCCCACUCUUGGUUUGGUGGUUUCUGUAAGAUUCUUGUUUCCUGUUUUAUUUAAUCUUGCUUGUACAUCGAGACACUGUUGUAUCAUGGCUUCUCCGUCUGAAAUCGUCGAGCAAGAGCUUGGAGCAUCACCAAGAAUCAAGCUUUCGAUAACAAGUGAAAGCAGUCUCGCUUCUGUCGCAUCGUUGUCCAUGCCUCUUAUUCAGGAGAUUGUUCUAUCAGCAGACAUCAGAUGUAGUGACUGCCAAGAGAAAAUCGCCGACAUAAUGUCAAGGAUGAUCGAAACUUAUUCAAUAUUGGUGAGUGUGUUGGAGAAGGAAGUGACGCUGACGUGUACAUAUUCCGGUGACCGGAGAGUCUCUAAGUCUUACGGAGAAGCUCUUCUCUGCAAAAUCUCCACCAUCAAGCGUAUGAUAUUCCCUUCUUCAAGAAAAACAACAGCUCAAUAGUAUUUGCUUGAUUCUGCUUUUAUCAUAUAUUAUUAUAUGAUCUUUUAUGUGGAAUGUAAUGAAUAUUGUUUAAAUAUGAUUAUUAAAGAAAAGAAAAAAAGCUCUCAA